AAACAGAAGGUAACUCGGUUGUGUCUCCUUUUCAAUGCAGCAUAAGUGUGGAUGUGCUCAACCUGUAGCUCUUCUGAUGUGUUAAUGAAGUCCAGGUUCUUUUAUUAACCCAUUCAGGGUUUAAAAAUAAAUAAAGGAAGGUUGUCUUGCAUUCCUGUCUCACGCACAUUAAGACAUGUUGUUGUUUCUACAGUAGAAGGUACGCCGUUUUAAUCACAACAUGACUAGAAGAACCUUCAGAUAUCUGCAUGAAUUAUAAUCAAAUCGCUUGAGGUUUAUAGUAAAUGCAACAAGAUGUGAAUAUCUCUCCAAGGCAUUUUUUUUCUUCUUCUUCUUUUUUCCAACUGAAAUUUAAAAGGGAAAAAAAAAAAAUCACCUUUUUAUUUUGUUUCAAGCUAUUUUCAGCCUUACGUGUUCCCCGACACUUUUUCCCGGCCUUCGCGAGGCGAUAAGGCGAGGCAAAGGUUGGGUUUGUCUGCUCUGUUGCAAUCUGUUUGCCAACUCUUCAUGAAACAUGCUGUGGGGUUUGUAAGCCGGCCUGAAGAGGAAGAAACAACAUUGUGUCAAAGAUGAGGACACCUUGAGGUGGACCGCUCUCCCCAUUCGUUGGUUCACCUCCUCUGAGUUGAUGGCUCCUUUGGAGCAAGGAAAUAGAUCUGAUGUUUCACCAAGACUGGAUUAAGGUGCUCAAUGUGAGGAGGGGGGACCCCAUGCUGUAAGCACCAGGAAAUGUCGUCCCCAAUGAAAGGGGGCAUUUGUAGGCCGUUCAGGCCUUUGAAGUACUCCUCCGUCGCCCUGUUCAUGCUUUGCAGCAUCUUACUGUUGUUGCUGUAUAAAGUGAACAUUGACUGGAUGUCAUUCAAACCAACGAAUAAAGUCUGUUCGACUGCUACUGUGAAGCUGACCGCCCAGCCGGUCAGCACCUGCUCCUUCGAUUCGCUCUCACCUGAAGAGCUUCUGGUCUUUGACUCACUAAGACACGUCAUUUUGUGGCCUGAAACGCCGUCCUUAAAGUCAGACUUUUCCCUGAAUGACACCAGUGAUCCCCGUCAGAGCAGCUUCACCAUUCUCCCACGGAGCGGAGGGGGAAGCUGGCGAGUUGGGGAUCAGCUGCAGGUUUCCAUAAGAAUCAGAGACUUCCACGGCCGUCCUAAGAUGUCUGGAGGAGACGUUCUGCUGGCUCGGCUUCACAACAGUACUUUUCACGCUGGGGUGGCAGGGCAUGUGGUGGACCAUCGCAACGGCUCCUACUCUGCCUUUUUUUCAUUGCUCUGGGAAGGACGAGCACAAGUUGAGGUAGUCCUAGUUCAUCCCAGCGAGGCAGUCACAGUGCUGCAAAAAUUGACCGAGGAGCAGCCCGGCAGAAUCUAUUUUCAAAGUCUGUUUCGGUCAGGCUCGGUCAGUGAAACCACCACUUGUAACUUGUGCCUUACCGGAACCCAGCAGAGCUUCUGCAACUACACUGACCUCAGGACGGGUGAACCGUGGUUCUGCUUCAAGCCACACAAAUUGGAUUGUGAUGCCAGGAUCAGCCACGCCAAAGGAGGAUUCAGAAAAAACCUGAAGUCCACCGAGGAGAAGCUCUUUCAGUGUGGUGUCAAUAUGAAAGUCUCCAUUCCAGCUUCAGGACCUGAAAACAUCAAUGUUUUACCAAAUUCAAAAGAUGGAAACGAAAUGACUUUCAAAGUCCGCCCCUCUGGUUAUUACUACAAGGGCGCCUGGCAAGCACUAGAUGGCAGCAGAGUACAUCAGUUUAACUCCAGUGCAAUCAGCCAGUGUCUGAAAGGCAAAGCUGUUCACAUCUAUGGAGACUCCACUGUGAGGCAGUGGUAUGAAUAUUUAACCAACUCGUUACCAGAUCUCAAGGAGUUUGACCUUAAAACCCCAAAGCAAAGUGGACUUUUAAUGGCGCUGGAUUAUGUGAACAAGAUUUUGGUGACGUUCCGCAGCCACGGUCCUCCCAUCCGUUUCGCCAACUUGCCCGUCAGCCAGCUACACUACGUCGUCAGCGAACUGGACAGCGUGAUUGGAGGCACCAACACUGUUGUGGUUAUUGGUGUCUGGUCUCACUUCAGCACUUUCCCCGUCGAGGUCUACGUCAGGCGUCUGCUGAAUAUUCGGAAAGCGGUGGCGAGACUUCUGAGCAGAGCUCCGGGUACCACUGUCGUCAUCCGGACUGCGAACCCAAAAGAGAUGACGCUUUAUGAGAGUUUGACCAACAGCGACUGGUUUUCGCUGCAGCGGGAUAAGAUGCUGAGGGAAAUAUUCAGAAAAACGAAUGUCAAACUGGUAGAUGCUUGGGAGAUGAUCGUUGCCCAUCACCUUCCGCACAAACUCCAUCCAGAGUCUGACAUAGUCAAGAAUAUGAUUGAUGUUCUUUUAUCUUUUGUAUGUCCUGUAGCUGACUUUGAGGACUUUUCUUCCGUUUCAAGAUCCUAGAGAAAAGUAGAAAUGGAUUUUAGGCGAUAGAGAUUGGAAUUGGGGAAAAUGUUGGCGCCUUUUUGCAACAAUUGUUUCGGAACAGACCAUUCCGUUGAAAUAAGAUACAUUAAAACCAAAACAAAAGCACCUAUAGUGAUUCCUCUACAGAAGCGUUUCAAAAACUUUUUCUGGCUGAGGAUCACCUAACCUUUUUGA